AUGCCGCCGAAGUAUACAAUGUCCGACUCUGACUCUGAAGCUGAGGGUGAGGUGCCCAGCGCCCCCUCCGACCAGGUCCUUGAGAAGGGCCUUCGCGACCAAGUGGCUGCAAUCUUCAAGUCAGGGAAUAUGGAGGAAUUGACCGUGAAGCGCGUACGACUUGCGGUGGAAGCUACACUAGGUCUCACGGCGGGAUACUUCAAGACUACAGGCGAUUGGAAGGCGCGGAGUGAGAAUAUAAUCAAAGAAGAGGUGGAACUACAAGAUCAGGCGAUACAAAAUCCACAAUCCCAAGCCUCUCCUCUUCCAAAGCCCAAGCCUGCUGCCCCUGCAAAGCGAGCAAAGUCCGCGACCGCGCCAAAUUCUAGGAAGCGCCAGAAGACUAUGACGCCGAUGUCCGAUGAAGAAGCUGAGCUAUCAGCUCCGUCAGACGAGAGUGACGAGGUCACAAAGCCUAAGGGUCGAUCCAAAGCGCCAGUGAAGCAGUCGCCAAUGAAGAAGCCCUCAAUACAGAAACCCAAGAAAGACAUGCCAGACGCUUCUGAAUUAUCCGGUAAUGAGAGUGACGAUGAUGUCACAAAGUCGAAGAAACGAUCGAAAGCGCCAGUGAAACAGUCGGCAUUGAAGAAGUCGCCAGUGAAGAAGGGAUCCGCACGAAAGCCUCCCACGAACGAAGCAUCAGAUGCUUCCGAUGUUCCCGAUGACAUUUCGAAUGCCGCUGGACCAGUCAGAGAUACGAAAGAUAAUUCUGAAAGCGAGAUGUCGGUGGUGCUUGACGAAGAGCCUCAGCCUAAGGCGCCUCGCAAGCGACAGAAAAGUGCCGUGGGAAAUGCAGCCAAAACGAAGAAAGCCCCCAAAGCCAAAGAUGGGGAUAUCAGCCCGGACCAAGCUGAAAUCAAACGACUGCAAGGAUGGCUCAUCAAGUGUGGGAUCCGUAAGCUAUGGGGUAAAGAGCUGGCGCCGUAUGAUACCCCGAAGGCCAAAAUCAAGCAUCUGAAAGGGAUGCUGGAGGAUGCUGGCAUGACUGGCCGGCCAUCUCAAGAGAAGGCAAACCAGAUCCGUGAAGAACGGGAGCUAAAAGCGGAUCUAGAGCAGAUCCAGCAAGGCGCAAAGCAAUGGGGAGCUAAGAGUGAUGAGGAGAAUGACGAUGAUUCAAAGCCUCGGCGUAGACAGAAUCGGGGGCGACAGUCGCUUGCGUUCUUAGAGAGCGAGGGCGAAGAGACUGAUUGA